AGAUACCACCCCCCCCUCCCGACGGCUUCCUCGAAGCAUGAUUGCAGUACCCGUAAUAUACCGAAUUUCGUCCCAGUAUGUGCAACAUUUAAAAAUCUGUGGCAAUGUGUUUUGUCUCCGGACAACAUUCGGUCGUGGCCGCGUUCAUUAAUUCCUAUUUCUCGUUCCGAUGAUUUUCUUGACAUAUCCUUCCAUCCUGUGAGAAAAUGAGUUCGAAUCAAGGCAGCAAUUCCGCCGUUGUCACGGGAAGCAACGGGGAUGGCAGCACAUCCAGCGAGAACACGCUUCUGUUCGGGCUUCUGAUCGUCGUGGCGGUGUCGGUGAUCGGAUGUUUUUCCUAUUGUUCCACCGGAACCAUGAACCGCGUGGCCGCCGUGAUCAGCAUCACGUGUGAGCUGGUGUGCGACAGCUGCACGCAAGGCUGCCGCAAGCGCAAGCCCCGUCGGCAUGAUUCCCCGUCUUCCAACUCUUCUUCCGGUUCAAGAACGGGCGCGGUGGAAUCUUCUAGGGCACCACUCCGAGGAGAUAAUGCUGCUGGUGCUGACGAGGAACCCGAACCGGAAGCUGAUGAGGAGACCGGCAGGAUCAAUCACUACGAACAAGAAAACCCCGACGUCCAGACCGGGGGUCCGGUGCAACUCGAGCUCGCGACGCUCACCGAGCACCGCGCCGACGAUGGUGCAACAACCUCGACUUUGACAGACACUGCAAAGAGAACCAGCAGUCCCGGUUCGCUCAGACAACUGCUCCCGCUCACGAUAAAAACUUCUCUCGCCAGCGCCGUUUCAUCCGACGAGAAGCAGGCGGUCGGGGAAAAUGGCUCCGCGGGAGCGGUAGGGGUAGACGUUCGCGCGAGGGCGGAGGAUUCAAUUGUGAUCACGAUUAUCGACGAUUGCGACGCAGUCAACGAGCAAGAUGCUCGGGGAGGUGGACCGGAAACUAAAAUUUCCAAUGUGCUGCCGGAUGGUGUCGGUGACGAAGCAAACACCACGUCCGCCGCAGAGAAGACAACAGAGAUGAGCAGUGAUCACAAACAAAAAGUACCCCACGCGCAUGACAAAGAUGCGUCUUCGGUUGUUGAACAAGUGCUAGUACCCCAACAUGGACAUGCAACCGGGAGUCGCGACAUGCCACUGGCGUUGCGGCCGAAAGAAGAACACGCCGGUGGCGCGGACACGCCGGCCGCCGCUUCCGUCGCCGCCACCUCCGUGGCCGCCGCGUCCGCCGUCCCUUCGGCAGUGUUUAGCGACCUCCGCAGAGACGAUGAGGAGUGGGCUGCAAGCACGCUGCAAAUCCGCGGACACUACGUGCUAAACGAGUGGGUCCGAAAGGAAUCCGUCCUCGCGGUUGAUCCGCCACUGGUGCCGCUUACGCGAACCUUUGCAGAGGAGCUGGCGUUGACAGUGGACGAGAUGAAGCGAAACCGCAGCAACCCAAGCACGCCGAAGAGGUCGGCUACCCCGAAUCGUUCCGUCACCCCGAAUCGAGGAACCGCUACAACUCCAACGAAAGCCGGCGCUACAACGCGCACCGCCGACGUUGAGGAAAUCGGAGUCGAAGAGGCGGAAAUAAUGAAGCUACGGAGCGAGCGCGAAGCUGCCGAAAAGGCGAAGCUGCGUGCCUUGAUCGCGGAAAUGUCAUCGCCGAUUGGCGCAGCCCUCGGCUUGAACGCUGCGACGCCGUCCUCUACUGCGGACCUCCCGGGCAAUAAAGCUACCGGACAGUUGGUUCUGGGCCCGAAAACGUCGACCUUUGGUCGUGGCGCAGAGACGCCAAGCGGCCGGUCCGAGCGGAGUUACAAGAGUGAGGGGCUGCAGUUUGGCCCGCAGACUCCCCGUCCGCAGGCGCGCCUCUCCGUGACCGACGACUUGUUGCUGAAGGCGCUGGGCAAACUGGAAGACGACUGGUGGCUGCGCAGGCCGGGCGCGGAGGAAACCACCACGGGGGUCGACUCCUCCGGCAGCGGCAACAACAGCGACUCCCCGUCGACCAGCAAUAGUAACACGAGCAACAGUAACAACAGCAAGGAGAACUACAAGUCCCGCGCCGUUGGUCUGGGCAACAGCACGCCGCGCCCAAGCAGCUUGAUGCUCGAGCCGCUCACGAAGCACACGUCCAACAAGUGGCUGAACAAGUUCGCAGAACCCGAAACGGGUAUCGCGCUCACCUUCAACUACAACAUGAACUUCCCGAGCCAAAACUACAACUACCCGAUCGAGCCCCCGAAGACGAGUUCGGAGAAGAAGAAGCGGCUCAAGCUGAUUAACCAGCAGAUGGCCCCGGAGAUCACCGAGGACGAGACGGAUCCCUUCAACCGUAUCUGGCUCUCCAACUCCUUCUCUACCGAAUUUCAGCGCAACAGCGAGGCCCUGACCGAGGCUCGCAGCUGGCGCGCCCUGCACCGCGAGACCGUGGAGAACCGGCAGCUGCGCAAGAUGGUGGAGUCGGUGGACAUGCUGCUUGCCAUCUCGCAGGAGAAACUCCGCGACGCGGUCCUGAAGCAAGACGUGGCGGUCACGACCCCGAAAAAGACGCCGCGAACGCCGACUUCUGAAAUAGCGGAUGAACCAGAAACUUCUACAAGUCGUCGCGCCGCCACGCCCCCGGCAGCUGCCUUCCCACCUUUUUCAACGUCUUCCGCUGCGGGUGCUGCAAUUUCGUUGGACCAGCAGCGCGUGGCCGCAGCUGUAAACUACGCCGCGGACGAGAAGAAGUACUUUCCGAUAUUACAAUGAAAAAUGCCCCCACCCCAGCUCUUGGUAGCAUUUGUAUUGCAAACCUUUCCAAUGUAUGGAAACAUUCCCCGUCUUGCAUCUAUCAGCAUCACAAAUUUUCCAUGCUGAAGAGCGCAAAUUUGUGAUGCAAUGGAGCCCAACAGCAGGCGGAUCUCUGAUGCAAAAGAUACCUUGCACAACUAGACUCUGCAUCAGAAAGGCUUGUAGUGGUCCUUUCAUGCAAGACAAAAAGCUUUCAUAUUCAUUUGGAAACUUUGCAUGAGAAACUUUUGCAAAUUCCGGGGUGGGGGCAUUUUUCACUUUGAUAUCCGAACGUCGUGCAGCAGCAGAUCCUCGCCGACGUCAAGUGGCAGCAAGAGCACGAAAACAAGCACACGAACACAAACCAGGAACAUCAAAGUUCAGCUACGUCUUCGUCCGCUGAAGCCGACGGUGGACGACGUGAUGAAGAUGAUCAUGACCAAAACAUUCUGGACUGGUCGUUUGGCCAAACCGCGUCGAGGUCGUCGCGAACGCCCUUUCCCUCGCCGAGCGCGAUCCAAAAAUUUGGUGGAGACAAGAACGCGGAUGUUGAGAAACAAGCAACACGUGCGGCGUCUCAUCACCUUGGUCUUGAUGUCACCAGCGAGAAGGCAGCAAAGAAAGCUGCUGGCGGUCAUCUGCAAAUGGAACAACCUGGCGACGACGGCGAGGCUGUUCGCGAGACCUGGGUCUUCGAUGUAGUCUCCGCGGAGAAUCUGCAGGAAGACCCGGAAGAAAACGGCCGGCGUUCUUCCCUAGCGGUGGAUGAGAUCGAGGAACUUCAACCUUCGGCAGCGACCGCUCCCACGACACCUCCUCGGCCGCCAGGGAAGAGCGCUACAAAACGGCGUAUCACGAGCGAGCCAGAAGCUGCCUCUCGACGACCAAGUGAAGAGCGCGGCUUUGCCACAGAAGUGCUAUCAGACCACUCGGACACCACGCGAGGCAGAGCCGUUUCGCAGCAAGAGCAGCACGAGGACCACCACCACGACCUUCAAUUGCAGUCUUUGCCGGCGCGUAGCAGCGUUAUUCUUGACUUAGACAACGCACCGGGUCGUACACGCUCGAGCACCAUAAUCGCUGAGCAAGGCGAGGAAGUAGACGAAUUUGCCUUUGCACGAGAAGCAGAGGAGGAGCAGGAGGACGACAAAGACGAAGGAAGCAGCGACCAUGAGGACGACGAUUUCAGCGAAAACAAACACUCGUCUGGUUCUGAAAACGACGAAGAUGGUGCAGCGGUCUCAUCCUCGUCUUCCUCCGCUGAUCAAAGUAAUGGAUCGGAAACAUCAAUCUCCUCCAGGAGCAAAGCGAACUCCGAACAAAACGUGCUGAUUCACGAGGAUUCCCCGGCGGAUGGUCCGGACGCUGCCUCGGAGCAGGACUUGGUGGACCUCCCGGACGACGAUAUGGACUUGCGCAGCGAGGACACCCAGCAUACCGUCUCGCAGUUCAGUGACAGCCAAGCCGACUACGCCACCGAGGCUUCGUCCGACGUUCUGAUUCGCAUUAACACGGCACUGCUGGAGCCCAGGCUUGAGCGUUUCGCGAGUGCGUUACCCGGUACGGAGGCAGAUUGGGAGGGUGCUGAGGAUUCCGAGAACAAUGAAGAGGAGGAUCUGCUUAGCGCAAGAUCGGAGUAGAAGAAGCAAGUUCUUUCACAUAAUAAUUUAUUAUGUGGGCGGGAAGAGUGAGAACAAAAUGGAUAAAAGAAUUGCGAAAAGUUGUAAGCUGCCAGAUGCGAAGACGGAGUGAUGAUGACACAUUGACUUCAUGCUUACACUCGCGCACAGUUGCAAGUCAAUGUUGCGAAUCCUUUUGCUUCGAAGCGCCCGCCGUCUUGAUUCUCACGAAAGAAUCUACAUGAAAUUUGUCAGACGCCCACACACUGACUGGACACCCUGGGCGUUGCAUGUGUGUGCAUGCCGUGGUGGAGAUGGAACCAAACCAUACCUGGAUUGUUCUCGUACUCAGGAUCGAUGAAACCACACCAGGAACGCUGAUUCAGCCUACAUUGAUCGAGUAAGGCUUAAGUUUUCUGCAGAGCGAAAAAG